AUGAACUUGUUACAGUACACUGUAUUUGAUCAGCUUAAGCUCAAGCUAAUUCAGAGGCAGAAACGUAAAGCAGAAUCAGCAGGUGAUUCUUCCCCAGUUGUUCUUUCUGCCUUCUCGGCAUUUCUCCUUGGUGCCAUCUCAAAAAGUGUUGCUACAAUCUUGACUUACCCAUUGAUCAGGUGCAAGGUCAUGAUUCAGGCUGCCGACCCUGAUGACGAUGAUGAAGACGAAUCUGAGAGGCCAGGCCAUUCAAGGCCUCCCAAAACAAUGUUGGGUGCCAUGUGUGCUAUGUGGCAAAACGAAGGGAUCCCAGGCUUCUUCAAAGGAAUACAUGCUCAGAUACUAAAGACGGUUCUGAGCUCCGCAUUACUGCUAAUGAUAAAGGAGAAGAUUUCAAAGUUUACUUGGAUCUCACUGCUUGCCCUGCGGCGGUAUCUCUUUGUCUCUCAGAAGAGAAUCAAGAGCACAUAAAUUUGGAAUCUCUUAAAUGUAUUAUACACGAUCACCUCCAACAACCAAUCUUAAUGUCCAAACGUCCACGGGGUAUUUCAAGAUCCUGUACGAAAUAACAGAAGUACAGAAGCCAAACAGCACCAUGUAUAUGUGGGAUAACCUUCCUAGCGUCGGGGAAUGUUUUGAAUAAAUUUGUUUGUUUUCCCCCCUUAAGCUCUGAGUCUCUGAUGCUUACUGAAAUGAGAUAGGUGCUGCCCAGGACUAGGUCUGGUGAUGUUGUCUGUACUGCAAUGUGUAAAAUAUCACUUUUGUUAUAUUCCUUCUUUCUUUGCUGGAAAUCGAAUUAUAGCAAUAUAAAUUUCUCA